AGACAUUAGCUUUCAAAUAUAACUAAAUCAAUAAGGACAAAGACUUUAGGCGAAGUCUUUCUGUUUAGAUUUAUAAAAUUGAUUAAUGAUUUUCCUGGAAGACAAACAACUGCAUGUGAGUAGAACUUUCCAUGGAGAUGCAUCUUCACUCCUACAAGAAGCAUAAAUCUGAUUCCAAUCUCUGUAACAAAUCAAACCCUUGUUUCUGAAGCAAAAAAAGAAAUGUCUGAAAACAUCAUUCCAGUGAUUACAGGAGAAAAUGGCAGAAAGAAAUUGAAAUGUGAGAUUAGCCACAGCAGCAAAAUUCAAGGCACUGCUAUUCUUCAGACCAAGAAGAAUGUUUUGAACUCUCUUCAUGAACUCUUUGAUAAACUGACGGGUAAAAAAGUUUUCCUGCAGCUCAUUAGUGCCUUUAAUGGCCAUCCUGAAGAUGGGCUUAGAGGGAAAACAGGGCGUCCUGCAUACUUGGAGAAGUGCAAUACUACUCUACCUGCGGCUCCACUUCAAGAAGGCGAAGUCCAAUUCCAGAUUAGCUUUGAUUGGGAAGAGGAAAUUGGAGUUCCAGGAGCAUUUACUAUAAGAAAUGAUCAUCAUGGUGAAUUCUUCCUUAAGUCUCUCACACUUGAACAUGUUCCUGGUCAUGGUUCCAUCCACUUUGAUUGCCACUCAUGGGUUUAUCCUGCCAAAUUUUACCAGAAAGAUCGUGUCUUCUUCUCUAACAAGACAUACCUUCCUUAUAAUACUCCAGUGCCACUGCGAAAGUACAGAGAAGAAGAGCUGGAGAAUUUAAGAGGAGAUGGAAAAGGAGAGCUCCACGAAGCUGACAGGAUUUAUGACUAUGCUUAUUACAAUGACCUUGGAGAUCACAAACAUGUCCGUCCAGUUCUUGGAGGGUGUCUCGAUCGCCCUUAUCCUCGCAGAGUGAGAACAGGCCGGGGACCUGUGGAUUCAGAUCCUCGUAAUGAGAGCAGGCUGCCUCUUCUUAAGAGCUUAAGCAUUUAUGUGCCAAGGGAUGAGCGAUUUAGUCUCUCCAAGAAUGAAGACUUCCUUCUUAACUCAUUCAAAGCUUUAACUCAAUUGAGUGGACCUGAGCUAAAAUCUCUAUUUGAUAAAGAGUUUUACUCCUUCAAAGAUGUGUUAACUCUUUAUACAGAAGGAAUCAAGCUACCUGAUGGCCCUUUGCACGCUAGCCUGGAGAUGAUUAACAUGAUAUUUGGAAGUGGCAGGAAAUUUCCUUCGCCUCAAGUGAUUCAAGCUGAUGAGUCUGCAUGGAGUUCUGAUGAGGAAUUUGCCAGAGAACUGCUAGCUGGUGUAAAUCCUGUUAGCAUUUGCCGUCUUGAGGAAUUUCCUCCAAAAAGCAAGCUAAACCAUGAACGAUUUGGUGAUCAGAACAGUUCAAUAACAAAAGAGCAUAUAGAGAAUAAAUUACAUGGAAUGAUUAUAGAAGAGGCAAUAGAGAAGAACAAGUUAUUCAUAUUGGAUUACCAUGAUGUGCUGAUGCCAUUUUUGAGGCUGAUUAAUGAAACUUCCACAAAGGUUUAUGCAACAAGAACACUCCUUUUCUUGAAAGAAGAUGGAACCCUGAAGCCACUUGCAAUUGAAUUAAGUUUGCCUCAUCCUGGGGGAGAUCAAUUUGGAGCAGUAAGCAAUGUAUACACCCCUGCUGAACAUGGAAUUGAAGGCUCCAUCUGGAAACUGGCUAAAGCUUAUGUGGCUAUAAAUGACUCAGGAUUUCAUCAGCUGAUUAGUCACUGGUUGAGAACACAUGCAGUGAUUGAACCAUUUGUGAUUGCAACAAAUAGGCAGCUAAGUGUGCUGCAUCCAGUUUAUAAGCUUUUGCAUCCUCAUUUCCGCGACACGCUGUAUAUAAAUGCACUAGCUAGGCAGGUACUCAUUAAUGCUGAAGGAGUGUUGGAGGCUACUGUUUUUCCUGGAAAAUAUUCCAUGGAGAUGUCUUCUGCAGUUUACAAAGACUGGAUUUUCACCGAUCAAGCACUGCCUGAAGAUCUGAAGAAGAGAGGAAUGGCGGUUGAGGAUGAGAAUUCACCAAAUGGUCUUCGCCUGAUGAUAGAAGACUACCCGUUUGCUGUUGAUGGGCUUGAGAUAUGGUCAGCAAUCAAGAAAUGGGUUAAACAAUAUUCUUCCUUUUAUUACAAGACAAAUGACAUGGUUAGACAGGAUUCUGAACUCCAAUCCUGGUGGAAAGAAAUCCAAGAGAAGGGUCAUGGUGACAAGAAAGAUGAACUAUGGUGGCCCAGGAUGCAAACUUGUGAAGAACUAAUAGAGAUAUGCACUAUCAUCAUAUGGAUAGCUUCUGCUCUUCAUGCAGCUAUCAACUUCGGACAAUAUCCUUACGGCGGUUACCUCCCUAACCGGCCCACCAUAAGUCGCAGGUUGAUGCCUGAAAAAGGUUCUGCUGAUUUCAAGGAGCUUGAGUCCAAUUUUGAAGAGGCUUUCUUCAAAACUGUCACUGCCAAGCCACUGGCACUUCUUGGCAUUUCUCUGGUAGAAAUUCUGUCAAUGCAUUCAGCAGAUGAGGAAUAUCUUGGGCAGAGAACACCAGGAUGGACUUCAGAUGCAGAACCACUGCAAGCUUUUAAGAAAUUUCAGGAGACGCUGGAAGGAAUUGGGGACAGAAUCUUGGACAGGAACAGAGAUACAAGAUUAAAGAACCGUAGUGGACCUGUCAAUGUGCCAUACACCCUGCUCUUUCCAGCAAGCGAAGAAGGACUUACAGGGAAAGGCAUCCCCAACAGUAUCUCUAUUUAAAAUUACUCUGCAAGGAUUCUUGUUUGUAUUUUUGCUCGUUUAGAUGUUCUUCACUAUGCCGAUGAAUAAUGAGAACGAAUCAAUUAGUCGUCUUUUUUCUUA